AUGGAUGAUGCGGAAGUUGACCAUACUAAACCAAUACCCGCCUUCUACUGCUGCUAUCUGCUGCGCUCAACCAAACAGCGCACUUCACUGUACAUCGGUUCCACCCCACACCCUGCCAGGAGACUUGCACAACACAAUGGUGACUCUAAAGGUGGCGCCCGCAAAACAGCAAAGGAUGACAAGAGACCGUGGGAAAUGGUCUUGCUCGUGGAGGGCUUCACGAGUCGUGUUGCUGCGUUGCAAUUUGAAUGGGCAUGGCAGAAUCCAAGAAUGUCUUCGCAGCACCCAGCAAAUCGCCACCAGCUCGAACUAGGGCCAGGCGGCGAGACUCAAGCUACAUCAGGGACUCAGCCCAGCGCGGAGACGGGCAAAGCUAAGCACCGAGGUCGUGGUUCGCGGAGAUCGCUCAAGGCCCACAUAGAAGACUUGCAUCUUUUCCUACGUUCCACCUAUUUCUCGAAAUGGCCUCUGAAGGUGCGCUUUUUCAACGCAGACGUAUACCAGUUGUGGAUAACUUGGUGUGAUCGCGUGGAUGGCUUGCUUCCCGACCAUGUCCGAAUCAUCUUAGAUGGGGAUUGUCCUAAUGACCACCUCCCAUGUAAAGAUGACUCGAGGGUGCAACACGUUGACCAGAUUAAGGCCGACUACAGCAAUAUCCACGAUUAUUUAGAGAAGUCGCAUUUCUUACUGGACGAUCCCACCGACUUGCGUUGCAAAGUAUGCCAAGCAACAAUCAUUCCAAGCGAAGAAUUGGCAGUGGUUUGCCCCCAGACCAACUGCCACUGCAUCAGCCAUCUAUUGUGUCUAUCAACCAGGUUUCUAGAUAGCGCCAAGGAGCCAGACCAGCUAGUUCCAAUUGACGGAAAUUGUCCUCUAUGUGAUAACCUCAUACAAUGGUCAACAAUGAUGCAAGAACUGAGCCUCAGAAAUCGUGGACGCAACGAGGUUCAGACGGUCUUGCAAAAGGCCAAAAAGUCCCGUGGAAGGACGCCUGGCGCUAUCCAUGUAACGAGCGCUGCUGACAAAGGAGCCAAUGCUAUGGGAGAACCAGGCAGCAGAGCUGAAUGGGUUGAGAGUUCGACGGGCGGGUCCAGCGACAGUUUCGAUGUGAACUGUCGUGAUGACGCUAGUUUGGACGAAAACUGGACCGAGACCUUGGAUUUCGAUAUAGAGCCCUGCAUCUUGGACCACUCCAGGACCCAUAACACAGGUACAUCUAGAAUUGAGAUCGUCAUAGAUGACAGCGACUGCGAUGAAAUGGAGGAAUUGGGAUGA